AAGGGUUGAGACGGGAGGGAGAGUGAGGGAGGGAGACGGAGAAAGAGAAGGAACGAGAGGAUGGACAAGAGGAAACAUUACACCUAUAAUCUCCACGUUUAAGUAUAUAUAACCAUAGCUAUAAAUACACCCAUCACAAAUAUGAUGGACUGUUAAAACCUUAUUAUAUUUGUUUCUGUGCUACGUGUAGACAGACAGAAAGAUAGAAAGCGAGACGGCGCUGGUUUUUCAUUCAUUGAGUUGCUGGCUCUGCGGGGGUCUCCUCUCCUCUCCUCUCCUCUCCUGUUCUCUGCUGGCUGGCUGUCCGGAGCUGUGAUGGGGGAGUGGACGAUUCUCGAGAGGCUCCUGGAAGCUGCCGUCCAGCAGCACUCCACAAUGAUCGGCCGGAUCCUGCUGACGGUGGUGGUGAUUUUCCGGAUCCUGAUCGUGGCGAUCGUGGGCGAGACGGUGUACGAGGACGAGCAGGUCAUGUUCAUCUGCAACACGCUGCAGCCGGGCUGCAACCAGGCCUGCUACGACAAGGUCUUCCCCAUCUCUCACAUCCGCUACUGGGUCUUCCAGAUCAUCCUGGUGUGCACGCCCAGCCUCUGCUUCAUCACCUACUCCGUGCACCAGGCCGCCAAGCAGAGGGAGCGGCGCUGCUCCUUCCUGCACCCCCUUCUCGAGAGGGACUUUGGGGGCGGCGCGGGGGAGAGGACGCUCCGCAAGGUCAUCAACGGCAUUCUGGUCCAAAACCCAGAGGGGUGCGGCAAAGAGGAACCGGACUGUCUGGAGGUGAAGGAGAUUCCGAACAGUCCCACUCGGGGUGCCAACGACAGCGGCAAGAGCUCCCAGUCCAAGAGCCGUCAGCAGGAGGGGAUCUCCCGCUUCUACGUGAUCCAGGUGGUUUUCCGGAACGCUCUGGAGAUCGGCUUCCUGGCCGGGCAGUACUUCCUGUACGGGUUUAGCGUGCCGGGGAGGGUGGCGUGCGAGCGGUACCCCUGCGUGAAGGAGGUGGAGUGCUACGUGUCGCGCCCCACGGAGAAGACGGUGUUCCUGGUGUUCAUGUUCGCAGUGAGCGGGGUCUCCGUGCUGCUCAACCUCGCCGAGCUCAACCACCUGGGCUGGAGGAAGGUGAGGACGGCGAUCCGAGGGGCGCAGGCACAGAGGAAGUCCGUGUGCGAUGGGGGGAUGCGAGGAGGAGGAGGAGGAGGAGGGGCGGGUAAGAAAGACCCCCCACCCCCGCCCCCUCCGGCCGCGCCCAACCUGGGCAGGACCCAGUCCAGCGAGUCUGCGUACGUUUGACCGCGGGGGGGGGGGGGGGGGGGGGGGGGGGGGGGGGGGGGGGGGGGGCUCCUGUGUUGGUUCUCUGCCCCCUUCGCCUCCAUCCAGCACCAACAUCCUGACUCUUAUUAUGAACAGGUUUUGAUUUUAAAAUGUCUUUUGCAGUAAAGGUGAAUUUUUUUUAAAA